AGUCUAUCUGCUCGUGUCCUCUUGCUCCUGGAGUCCUCAGCAUUAUUGGACAUUACUCCAAUUUUAACCCAAACUUUGCGAGCUGGAGCGAGGAAUUUGCACAAUCAAAGGUUUGUUUACGACAUAAUCUUCUCCUAAAAUAACCAGGAAGUCGCUCAGCUAACCUUACCAAACGUCUGACUUCAGUUCAGAAUCCUCAGUUUUGUCAGACAUUCAUUGUCAACAAAUCAGUUUAUUUUAGGAAAAUUCGCAGCAGUAUUAGCUAGCUAACCCUAGCUAGUUAGUUUCCUAGUAACCUACAUCAGCCAAGUAAGCUUAGGCCUACUAAGCUUACUAGGGGGGGGUUCAAUGACUGACAGCAAAACUUUGGUUGAUAAAUAGCUAACGUUAGUCGUUAGCUAGCUAGCUAGCUACAGUACUGUAUUGUUGUAGCCCAGACUGUCAAGUCUCUUUAAUGUCGACCACCACCAGGGAGCGCUAUUGUCUUCGCUUUUCAUACAGUGAGUUAGUAGUAGUAGAACCAGAACCAUACAGUACAUCAGUGAUAUGUGAAAUAAAUGUUAGAUUAAUUCUUAAGCUAUAUUAUUCUUUAAGCUUACCAAAGCAUGCUAAAAUUAUAACAUAGUUUUUUUCUCCGUCAUAGAUGGAAUACUCAGUUUUACCCAUUGCAUUGCUUGUAAUGCACUAUGCCUUUGGAGAGAGCUCCCACAAUCAUGACGAUCAUUAUGUGGGUCAUCAGCACAACCCUGAGCACAACAUGGAUCUCCUAUUGGGAACUGAGGUUGUAAUUUCUCUCCAUCAUCUGAUUAAUGUCCCCUUUCAGUCAUAUUCACUAUCUCACCAUUUCUAUAACUUGUGUUUUAGGACAGAUAUGAAAUAAAGAAACUUAGUCCAGCUGAGCAAAGGAAAAAAAUUAUGGAAAUCCUGAAGAAGAUUGAUAAAGAUUCUGACAAACAUUUAACCUCAGGUAAAAAACAACUACUUUGUCUUAAGAUUUAGUUUGACUUUCAGAUGGACAAUGAAUCCCACAUUGUUCAAACAAAUUCACGCAGUUGAUAUAAUGGUAUGGAAUGGAUACUGUAUGUGUAAUCUACUGCCUGUAUGUGUAAUCUAUUGCCCCUACAGAGGAGAUCACACUAUGGAUUCAACAUGUCUACAGGAAAUACGCAUUGGAUGAUGCAGCGGAGCGCUUCCCUGAAUUUGACACCAACAACGAUGGUGUUGUGUCGUGGGAAGAAUACAACAUGGUUGUCCAUGAACGAGUCAUUAAUAUUGAUGAGAAUGCUGUUCUGGAGGAUCCAGAAGAAGAGUCUCUCAGAUUUGUAUGAUCAUCUUAGUUGUACCAGUUAGCCUUUAUUUUAUUGUUGACAACAUAUUAUGGAUCACACAUGCUCUACACGUCACAGUACUUAUCAAUCUUUUCCUUUUUAGCUCCACUUAAAGGAAAAGAAGCGCUUUGACUUUGCUGAUAUGGAUGGCACACCAGGCCUUAACCUAACUGAGUUUCUUGCAUUUACACACCCAUCUGAAGUGGAUCACAUGGCUGUAAGACAUCUCUACACAAAACAAGCUGUUUACAUUUGUAUUUAGAUGAGAAGAAUGAAACGUUUGGUGUGGUAAUAUUUUGCUGUUCAUUUUUCUUUUAGGAUUUUGCCAUUGAAGAUGUGUUGAGUGAAUAUGACAUGGAUAAAGAUGGGUUCAUCAGUCUAAGUGAAUUUAUUGGAGAUAUUCGAACUAAUGGUAAGCACAGAAUAAUACUUUCUGUGUUUUUCUCAAUAUACUAUGAUAUAAUGGUUUGUAAGGGCUGAGUUGGCUUUCCUGCUUUAGUAAUGUGUGUGUGUGUACUUCAGAGGAGGAUGACCCAUCAAAGUGGGAGAUUGAGGAAACUGUCCGCUUUGACGACCUCUAUGAUCAAGACAAGGAUGGCAAGUUGAAUCGAGAGGAACAGCUCCGCUGGGUGGCCCCUAACAGCUAUGGCUCUGCACGGGAGGAGGUGAGUAACCACUAAACUACUGUGUAUCUGCAUUACAUUGACAGCCAUGCCUCCCUAGGGUGCUCUAGGUGUGACAUUUCUAAUUUGUUUAUAACAUAUUAGUUCCUGUGAAGUGCAGUCAGGGUAUGGAAACAUUUAUACAUUGGUUGGUAUGAAUGGUAUCCUCAUUGAAAGUGGGUGUAUCUAUCAGUUCUCUUCAGUUUGCUCUAAUUAUUUUGCUUUGCUCUCAUGUUUUAACAGGCUAUUCACCUCAUCAAAGAAAUGGACCAAGAUGGUGAUGGGAGACUGUCAGAGUCAGAGGUUUUGAAAAAUCAAGAAAUUUUUAUGAAUAGUGAAGUAACAGACUACGGAAGACAACUGCAUGUGUCACACGACGAAUUAUAACAGUGGAUUUUUGUUUUACUAUGAUGCACACUACCGGUCAAAAGUU